UCUAGAUAGGAUCCACUGAACACAGAAAGGCUUCACGGCGCUGCUGCAUCUCCCUCUCUCUCUGUCAUUUCUAUCACAUUUUAUCCUCCUUCACUUUAUAUCCGUCUACAGCAAACUUAGGAGGCAGUAAAAACCAAGCAGAGUCGACACAAGUGCGUUUGUCUCCUCUUUUAUCUCGAAAGGUUUGCCAACGGCUCUGCGACGCUGUGUUGUUUGAACCAACUGCCCGUUUUUAUCCGUCAAACUUCACCUGGUGACUCUAAUGGAGGAAGUUAUCUGUGAACUCUGAGACUCUAAAAAGACAGUAGGUGGAUUUAAGUUGUCACAUUUUACUCCAAAGUGUGCGAAAAGGAGGUUUUUAAACGCCUGGAAGUGAAGGUGUAAUUAAUUGACACUUGCAAACAUGGCUGCUGCUGCGGGGACGGCAGUCAGAAAAGUUUGACACACUGACGUGGGAGAAGUUUGAUGUGAAGUUGGUUCAUGAGUUCAUCUGGCAGAUUGUAAAGUCGUCACUCAGCCUGGCACCGCUUUCCCCGGACUGACAACCCCAGUGGAUGAACCGUGUGAGAGCCCCCUCCUCCUCCACCUCCUCCUCCUCUUCCUCCUCCUCCGACAGUCACUGCAGUGGUGGACUUUGUGGACAAACUGUGGUGUCUUCGUCUCCAAGGACCUCUCGUCGUGUCUCCAGCUAAAAUGCAUUUUUCCAUCCCUGAAACGGAGGUUCGAUCGGGGGAGAAUGGAUCAACUUAUGUGGCCUACAACAUCCACGUCAACGGCGUGCUGCACUGUCGGGUACGCUACAGCCAGCUCCUCGGCCUCCAUGAACAGAUAAAGAAAGAAUAUGGCAGCAAUGUGGUGCCUGCAUUCCCUCCAAAGAAGAUCUUCACGCUGACUCCUGCUGAGGUCGAACAGAGGCGAGAGCAGCUGGAGAAAUACAUGCAGGCCGUGCGUCAGGAUCCCUUACUCGGAGCCAGUGAGAUGUUCAACAGCUUCUUAAGGAAAGCACAGCAGGAGACGCAGCAGAUUCCCACAGAAGAAGUCGCUCUCGACAUCUGCCUCUCCAACGGUCAGAAGGUCACAGUCAACAUCCUGACUUCAGAUCAGACGGAGGACGUCCUUGAUGCUGUUGCAACAAAGCUGGACCUCCCAGAUGAGCUGGUCGGUUACUUCAGUCUCUUCCUGGUCAGAGAAUGUGUGGACGGAGGUUUAACAUUUGUGCGGAAGCUGCAGGAGUUUGAGCUGCCUUAUGUAUCCAUCACCAGCUUGAGGAGCUCCGAAUUUCACAUAAUCCUGCGGAAAAGCUACUGGGACAUGGCGUACGACGGUGAUGUCAUGGACAACAGAGUGGGCCUGAAUCUGCUCUACGCACAGACUGUGUCUGACAUUGAGAGAGGCUGGAUACUCGUCAACAAAGACCAGCACCGGCAGCUCAAAUCACUACAGGAGAAAGGCUCCAAGAAAGAAUUCAUCCACCUCGGUCAGACUCUGAAAUAUUACGGCUACAUCAAGUUCGACCCGUGCAUCACCGACUUCCCCGAGAAGGGCUGCCAAGUCAUCGUCAGCGCCGGCAACAAUGAGCUCAACUUCCACGUCAAGCUGCCAAAUGAACAAAUGAAGGAGGGGAGCUUCAAGGUGACGCGCAUGAGGUGUUGGCGAGUCACGUCUUCACAAGUCCCAAUCACCAACGGCACGACCAAUCCCUGCAGCUCGUCCAAAUGUGAGGUCAAACUGGAGCUGGCCUUCGAGUAUCUGAUGAGCAAGGACCGGCUGCAGUGGGUCACCAUCACCAGUCAGCAGGCCAUCAUGAUGAGUAUCUGCCUUCAGUCCAUGGUGGACGAGUUGAUGGUGAAGAAGUCGGGCGGCAGCAUAAAAAAGAUGCUGAGGAAACGACACAACGGCUCCAUCCACCGGCCAGACAGUCAGCAAGCUGUGAAAUCCCCCCCUCUACUGGAAUCUCCAGACCAGAACCGUGAACAGAUCGUCAAACUCUCAACCAAGCUGAGCUCGGUGUCCCUGCGAGGAAUCAGCGCCUCCAACUCCGCCAACGACAUCAGCGGCAACGAUUUUCACGGCAACUACGCUUUCGAGGGCAUCGGGGAUGACGACCUGUAACCUUCCCCCCCACCCCCCCACCCCACGACCCCGUCCUCCGCCCCUUCUACAUCCCACUCUCAGCGACUGGGACGACAAAGAUUACAAGCUGAGCUGAGCCGAGCCGAGCGGAACCAACUCGGGGCGUCCGAGUCUGCGAGAUUGUAGCUUCUUCCUGGAGAAAUCGCUGCCUUAAGCUCUCAUUUAAUCUUUGACAGAUUACGUCUUUUUGUUCUCUUUUUUUUUCUCUAAAACGCCUCGUGAAUUGAGUUUUAGCUUCAAUCAUUUCAAUUUAAAGCUCGUCCCUGUGUUGUUCAACUUGUGGCAACAUACAGUAAAUAGCAUGUGAAGCUACAGGUACUCAGAUAGGGACGCUUUCAGUAUGUCAUGGUCUCAAAGUUUCCUGCUUCAUUCACAUCGAUUACUGUCAUCAGCAAUAUACGUGAAGUUCUCUUAAUGCUGUUCAAUAAGUAAGGUACAAACUAAACUUAAUAUAUGAUAGAGUACAUGAAGAAAAACCUCCCUCAGUGGCUGCAUGUUCCCUUCCUGAGCAGAGAGCCAAAUGUUGAGUUCGACCUGGCACUAGUGAUACCGCAGCAGAGCUGGAUGUUUCCAGAUUCAGAGUCCAGUGAAUGUGUUUGAAAAUUGAUCUCCAAACUGUAGACUUCUCACAGCAGCCGCUUACUUUCUGUGCGUGAUCGACGUCCGGCUUGGCUAGAAACCAAAAUGUCGUGUUUUGAUACUGCAAGCAGAUGCUCUGCGUCAUGCUCCUCACGUGCCAAGUCAGGUCCGGAUCUCUGCAGAGUCACAGGACUUAGUUUGUUCGAGGCACAGUCGCUCAUGCUGCCUUCAGAAAUAGUCUGAUGCCUUAAUUCUCUUUCUCGUUUCGCGGGCUACCAUAUCAUUCAGCAGAAACACAAACACACGUGAUCGUCUGCGGGCGUCGUUGCGUCCUGCAGAUCUCAAUAGAUGGUUGAUUUGGCCGAGCUGCUUGCACUUGCUGAAGCCAUCGUUUUUUGCACAGUAUUACCGGAGGAGACGAGUGUGUGAGUGGACGUUUGAACACGUGUGUGUGGGGCUCUUUAAAUCCAUCGUUGAUUUUUUUUAAUUUUUUUUUUAAAAGACCAAUUUUUUAAAGGUUUCUCAUAAAUGCCAAAUUAUAGUUUACUAAAGCAUUUUGCACAAAAUAAACAUAAAAAUUAUGACAAUGUCACUUUUUAUAUUAUGUACAUGCUAUUAAGUAUUCUGAACAUUUACUAAUAUCUUUAUCAUCAAUAGCUUAUGUAAUCAAAUAGAUCAAAUGUAAUCUAAGCUGUAUAGACCGCAGAGUGUAAAUGGACUAACAUUUAUCAUUGUUUACAUCAUGUGUAGAGGACUUUUUUUUUUUAGUUCAAAUGUAAAGUGUUUACAAAUUUUGCAUCUGAUCUUCUUCGUCUUGUUCUGUUAUUUUGGGCGAGUGAUGUUUUUUUUAGGAGCGUUCCCUCCGGGGUUUCAGUUCAUUGUAAUUUGUACGUACAUUGUGCCAAUCAUCUCAGAGGAUUUAGAAGGUGCUUGGAUGAAGAGGCUAAUGUGAUCACAAGUGCUGGAAAAGAACAAAACUCAAAGUGAGCGAGCAACAAAAAUGAACAUAUCCCGAUUUUUUUAAACGACGUGUCAUUCCAUUUUUAUAGCUGUGUGCAUCUGUCAGUGUUUUUACGCCUCUGAGUAUAAAACAGAUGCCAACCUAUCAACAAUUUACUCUCACUCGUAGCCAGAACUGUAAACGAAAUGUUCUCUCUGACUCGUUCUGACUCCUGUUUUUUUAUUUCUAAUCUCUUCCUGUCACAUUCCUUGUACGCUGACGACGCUGCGAGGUCCAUUAAUGUGUAGGUGCCAAAUUUUUGAAGUGCAUUUUUCAUCAGCGUUACUUUUCACAACUUCAUAAAGAUUGUAUUGACUUCAUUCAUUCAUUCCACUAUGUUUCAUUUUUGAUUUGAGUGGGGAAAGUCAGUGACGGCUGUCAUGAUGCUACAAUAAACUCUGAGAUUAGCUGA